AUGGCCAACGUAAGUGAGAGAGACUCAUUGGCAGAACGCUUGGAGGGCCUUGCGCCUGCGAUAGAAGAGAUUCGCAACAUCUCGGGUACUGCUGGAGUCUCCAUUGGGGUCUUGCAUCAGCAAGAAGUCGUUACCACUGCGGGCUUUGGAUACAGAGACAUACAAGCCAGGGAAGAGCCAAAUGAAGAUACUCUUUAUUACAUCGCAGCUCUCACCCAGUCGAUAACCGCCUCUGGAAUCGCUCUCUUGGUCGAGGAUGGGAAGUUACAUUGGGACAGCGCGAUUUCCAAUCUCGUUCCUAAUUUUCAGCAUCAGUCCCCGUUGAUACACCAUAACACUACCAUUGGGGACAUCCUAAGUCACCGCACAGGUCUCGAGCGGAAGGUCAGCCUUUGGAUGGGCGAGCACAGUUUGCCGCAGGUUACACGUAACAAGUUCACGAAGACGGCUGCGUAUCUUGAGCCCGUCCACCAACUUGGGUCCGAGUUCCUCGAGAAUAAUUGGACCUACGGGCUGACGGCCCAGAUCAUCAAGCAGCAAAGCGGACAAGACUUCAGCGAGUUCGUUGAGCAGAAUAUCUUCAAGCCGUUGAAUAUGGAGCGAACUGGGCUCGCUGGGAGUCGCCCCUUCCCCCUUGAUGUUGACAAUUUUGCAGAAGCAUAUAUGUGCAAUGGGGACACACCAUACCGCUUACACAAGCCGCCUGUUGAGACCAGUCCAGAGCACGAAGCCACUGUUGGAAUCAAAAGUUCGGUCAAUGAUCUGAUCAAGUACUACAUAGCGCUCCUCAAUGCCGCAAAGAAGAAGUUAGCUCAAGCGGGAGACAUGAGCAGAGUUCGCCACUCAAGCAGGCACGAGAGCUAUUCAGACCUCACACACCAAUGGAAAGGCUACUCCCUAGCUUUGGCAAGACAGAGUACACCCUGGGCUGGGCGCAGGUUAUACUUCCCAGCGCCCUCGGUGCCUUAA